UAUCGGUGCGAAGCAGACGUAUUUAAAAUGCUCGACUACGAGAAGGAACAUCUAAUUAAAGUCAUAGAAAUGUAUAGAAACUUUCCAUGCUUAUGGGAUAUUACUGAUUCUCAGUAUCGUAAUAAAAAAGCUCGCUUAGCUGCAUACAGUAUUCUUUUAAAGAAAUAUAAAAAAAUCGAUGAAGAAGCCACGCACGCCAUUUUAAAGAAGCGAAUAGCUAGUUUGAAGAGUACCUGUGUAAAAGUAAUUAGGAAGGUAUUAGCAGCGAGAUUUAAAGGUGAAAAAUACCAGCCAACAUUAUGGUAUUACAAUCUAUUAUCCCAAAUAUGUCUCGCGGACAUGGGUAUAAAAUGUGAUGACGAGUAUGAUGCCUUAGCUGACAGAAACAGUAUUAUUACUCCAUUAGCAAAACGUCCGCGGCGGUGCAAGCAAGAAAAGGAAAAUUUUUAUAUUUAAUUAAUGUUAUAUUUUCUUCAAACAAGAAGACAGAAGGGAAUUUCGUUAUUCAAACAUCUUCGUCACGUCCUCGAGACGCUUGCGAUUUAAGAAAUGGAAACAUUUUCAAUGCAUCAUCGUAGAAAAACUGACAUAAAAAAUGUAAUAAUUUAGUGCUAGAAUGAAUAUUUCAGCGCAGAAUUAACAGUACGUUUACAGGAAUGUUAAAUUUUACUUGUCUCCUGCUCUUGUACCCAUAUGAUAAUUAUGAUGAUAAUAAAUUUUUUGAUAAUGUA